UUGAUACAGAUAUUCUAAAUACACGAGCUUGCUCCCCUUGUGUGGGUGUAUUGACCUUGAGUUACAGACCUGAGCCUAUCCGCGUACCAAAGGAGCUAAACCACUAUAUUUACACAUAGACAGACAGGUAGGAAAAACCUCACUAUUCCAAGGCAACGGAGCUUAAGAGAUUUGAGUCCACCCCCGUGCAAGGUUUAAGAAAGGUCCUUGUCGGAUGAAAGCAGUCAAAGAUGGAGCAAUACCCGUAUGAUAAUAUUUAUAGGUGCAGAGAGGAUAAAAGAGCUGGGGCAACCCUCCUUCGUCACUAAAUCAAAAGGGAGAACCCAACAGAUUCCUGAAGAGACCUGUUCUCCUUGUGGAAGCAUUAUGUACUGCACCCACUUAAAGAAGCUGCAGCUGGUCAUCAUGGCAAUGCUGUGGGUGACACCGGUGAGGGCGGGGACAGACUGCAGGUAUGGCUGCCGACUAAACAACAUGACCAUCACCGUGGAGAGAGAGGACUGUCACGGAAGCAUCACCAUCACCACCUGCGCCGGCCUGUGCGAAACGACGGACCUGAACUAUCAGAGCACAUGGCUGCCGCGCUCCCAGGGGGUGUGUAACUUCAAGGAGUGGUCCUACGAGAAGGUCUACCUGGAAGGCUGUCCAGCCGGGGUCAACCCCUUCUUCAUACCCGUUGCCAAGAGCUGCGAUUGCAUCAAAUGCAAGACGGACAACACCGACUGUGAUCGCAUAAGCAUGGCAACACCCAGCUGCAUAGUAAACCCACUAGAAAUUUAAUAUUGUAGAGUUAAGCUGUUGCAGCAUGCACCAAUUUGUAAGUCGCUCUGGAUAAGAGCGUCUGCUAAAUGACUUAAAUGUAAAUGUAAAUGCAGCAGCCACUAUUCUAUGGUACCGUUUCCAUUGUUGAUGUGCUAUCGCAAUAAAACACUACUUUGAGUAAGUCUAAAAGUAUUUGCUUUUAGAAUAUACUUAAAUAUCAAAAGUUAAUGUAUAAAUAAUUAAACAAACCAGACCGCACUCACUUUUUUAUUUACAGGGGCAGGGUCCAACAAGAUAUAAUUUACCAAUGAAGCAUUCCAUUAGUGAGUCCACCAGAUCAGAGGCAGAAGGGAUGUUCUCUUGAUAAGUGUGUGAAAUAGACCAGGGAUGUUGUCUUCAUAAGUGUGUGUGAAUUAGACUAUUUUCCUAUCCUGUUAAGCAUUAAAAAUGUAACAAGUACUUUUGGGUGUCAGAGAAAUGUAUGGAGUAAAAAGUACAUUAUUCUCUUUUGGAAUGCAGUGAAGUAAAAGUAGUCAAAAAUAUAAAAAGUACAGAUAACCAAAGAAACUACUUAAGUUGUACUUCACAACUGUGACUAUGGGUCAUUUAUCACUACCCAAAAAUAUACCUAAUAGGUCACAGAAAAUAAAAAUGGCACAGAACACCCUAUAAUGGAGAUUAUCUGUGGUAAAGCAGCAGCACUUGUUUUGACCACUUAACACCUUGUGGACAUUUCUAGGAAACUGUUGCAAAACCACACACAUGAUACUGAAGAGGCCACCAGUCAUUACCGAUAAUUAUUAUAGACUUUUGGAAUCUGGACACUCACAUUAUUUUAAUAUGUAUUAAGACCAAUGUAAUUGACAGCUGUGGGCACAAAGAACAUAUGUAAUCACUAAUCAAAACAAGUGGAGAAUUGCAAAAACCAUAAUGAGGAAAGGCAGGAAAUGAAACAUGGAAAAUUCUUCAGGCAUG